UUGUGACGCAAAUACUAUGGACACGUGGAACACCUGUGGGAGAGCAGGGGCGGGGUCACCCCGGGCCGCAGAUCCCAGCAAGGGGUACCCCAAGAGAUGGGGGUCGAGAAAAGACCCCAGGGAGUAGAGAGAAGGAGACUCACUCUCCCAACCACGACCCGCCUCAAACAAGGUUAUAAUAUAACUUAUCCUCUCAUGCUUCUUCUCUACCCCUUCUCCCCAAAUCAUCAACAGUAGAAGAGGAAGAAAACAUGUCAGGACACAAGUGCAGUUAUUCCUGGGACUUGCAGGAUCGAUAUGCUCAAGAUAAGUCAGUUGUAAAUAAGAUGCAGCAGAAGUAUUGGGAAACGAAGCAGGCCUUUAUUAAAGCCACAGGGAAGAAAGAAGAUGAGCAUGUCGUGGCCUCCGACGCAGACCUGGAUGCCAAGCUAGAGCUGUUUCACUCCAUUCAAAGAACCUGUUUGGACUUGUCUAAAGCAAUUGUACUCUAUCAAAAGAGGAUAUGCUUCUUGUCUCAAGAAGAAAACGAACUGGGAAAAUUUCUCCGAUCCCAAGGCUUCCAAGAUAAAACCAGAGCAGGGAAAAUGAUGCAGGCGACAGGAAAGGCCCUCUGCUUUUCUUCCCAGCAAAGGUUGGCCUUGCGAAAUCCUUUGUGUCGUUUUCACCAAGAAGUGGAGACUUUUCGGCAUCGGGCCAUCUCAGAUACUUGGCUGACGGUAAACCGCAUGGAGCAGUGCCGGACAGAAUACAGAGGAGCAUUAUUAUGGAUGAAGGACGUGUCUCAGGAGCUUGAUCCAGACCUCUACAAGCAAAUGGAGAAGUUCAGGAAGGUACAAACACAAGUACGCCUUGCAAAAAAAAACUUUGACAAAUUGAAGAUGGAUGUGUGUCAAAAAGUGGAUCUUCUCGGAGCAAGCAGAUGCAAUCUCUUGUCUCACAUGCUAGCAACAUACCAGACCACUCUGCUUCAUUUUUGGGAGAAAACUUCUCAUACUAUGGCAGCCAUCCAUGAGAGCUUCAAAGGUUAUCAACCAUAUGAAUUCACCACGUUAAAGAGCUUACAAGACCCUAUGAAAAAACUAGUUGAGAAAGAAGAAAAGAAGAUCACCCAGCAGAAAAGUGCAGAGGCAGCCGUGCAGGAGCCGAGCCAAUUAAUUUCAUUAGAGGAUGAAAACCAGCACAAGGAAUCCUCUAGUUUUAAGAAUGAAGAUGGAAAAAGUAUUUUAUCUGCCUUAGACAAAAGCUCUACACAUCACGCAUGCUCAGGACCUGUAGAUGAACUACUAGACAUGAAACCUGAGGAAGGUGCUGGCCUGGGCCCAAUGACAGGGACCCCAGAACCGGAAGGUGCUGAGAAAGAUGACCUGCUGCUGCUGAGUGAGAUCUUCAACACUUCUUCCCUGGAAGAGGGUGACUUCAGCAAAGAGUGGGCGGCUGUGUUUGGAGACGAUCGGCUGAAGGAGCCAGCACCACUUGCAGCCCUGGGAGAGCUGGACCCCAAGCCCCAGGCGGGGUCAGGAUUCCUUCCUUCGCAGCUUUUAGACCAAAAUAUGAAAGACUUACAGGCCUCGCUACAAGAGCCUUCUAAGUCCGCCUCAGACCUGACUGCCUGGUUCAGCCUCUUUGCUGACCUCGACCCAUUAUCAAACCCUGAUGCUGUGGGGAAAACUGAUAAAGAACAUGAAUUACUCAAUGCAUGAGUCUGCAGUCUUCAGGAGGAAGCCCACAUGCUGCUCCUCAGCAGCUCACCUGCAGGCGAGCAGAAGUAUAACAUGAUCAGUAUGCUGUUUUAAUAUUUAUGUGCCAUUUUAAUAAAACAAAAGGGUCCCAGGCCCGGUUUAUA